CAAUGAAAUAAAAAAGAUAAAGGAAACCCCAAAAUUGAAACUUAGACAUUAUAUAUAAAUGGGGAAGAACGAAGAAGGUGCUAGAUAAAAAAUUAAAAAAAAAAAAAAAAAAAAAAAAAAAAGGUUGGGUGUCAAAAAAUGGCAUCCAUGGAAAUGGAUGAAGAGCUUCGAGAUGCAGCAGUGAGUGGAGAUUUGGAAUUCCUUAGAAAUUGUGUUGCCUCCAACAAACCAAACCAAUAUUACUUAACUUUCUUCCCCAAAGACGAUGAUGGUAGUCCUUAUGGGAAUAUCUUUCACAUGGCGGCCGAGAAUAACAGAGAAGAUUUUAUCAGAGAAGUUAUUGAUGAAAUUUUAAGUCCCGAAGAAACACAACAACUCUUGAUCCAAGUAGGGGAUGAAACAAACUUGUGGAACCCUCUUCACGAGGCAGCUAACAAUGGUAACGUAGAGAUAGUAAAGAUGUUCUUAGAUGUGUAUAAAUCUUUACCAUCUGAUCCUUCUCAACGUCCCUGGUUAAUCCAGAAUUCUAAUAAAGGUACUCCUUGCCAUACGGCUCUGUUUGCUGAUCACGACGAAUGUGCAUUGGAAAUAUUGAGAAUGGAUAUGGAGUUGCUUUGCAAAAUGCCUACUGAUCGAGACUCCUCCUUAAUUUACGAAGCUAUACAUAAUAAGUUGAGCAAAUUAGCUUUGGAGAUAUUGAGGUCACCCCAUUCGAAUUCUAUUCCUUACACGGGGUUCAAUGGCACCACUCCGUUCCACUCCAUACAUUUUUUCAAUAGCUCUGGAGAAACAGAAGAAAUUUUUCGACUGUUGCUUCAAAGAGAGCGGGACCUAAUUAAACAGCAAGAUGACAAUGGAAAUUCAGCAUUCCAUUUAUGGGCAUAUGAUCGUAAACUAUGGCCAUUUAAAAGUCUCCUAGAAAGCAAUGAUAUUAUACCAGAUGCUAAGAGAGUUUUCGCAGACUUGGUCUCUUCAACUAACAACGAUGGUAUCAACCCUUUACAUUUUCUGGUUAAGCGUACCUCUAAUGAAGAAGUUUCUAUUGAAAUAGCAAAGUUGCUAGUAGAAAUUUACAAACAGGAAUUACUGGCACAAACAUCGAGCAUCUCAGAAGAUCAACUUCCCUGGUUAAAGCAAGACGAUGAAGGAAAUACACCAUUCUCCUUGGCCAUUGACCGCCAAUUACAAAAUCUUGCAAAGUAUAUAUUAUCAGUGGAUGUAAAUGUAGUUAUUACCUGUCAGGAGAACGUUUUGUUCUUGGCAAUCGAGAAGGGAUGUCAUGAAGUUGCCGAAAAGAUUCUAGAGAUAGUAGUUAACAAAGGUUGGACUCAACUUCUUACUACUAGUAAUAAUCACCAAAAUAUCCUCCAUCUUGCUGCAUUAUGCAAAGAAGAUUUUGGUAAACGAAUGAUUCAAGGGCAUUCAGAAUUACUGACGGGAGUAGACAAAAAGGGUACUACAGUAUUGCACAAGUGGGUCACGAGCGGUGAAAUAUGGAUCUUUAAUUUCAUAUUAAAGAGCAAUUGGAGGAGUUCGUUUGUUAAACUCAUUGGUGAUGCUGAUUUCAACGACCGAAACAAUCCUUUUCAUGUUGCUGCAACUACUACCCAUGAAUCAACAGUCCAAAUUGUAAAGCUUCUUGUAGAAUCUUACAAAGAAGAAUAUCCAAAUUGGUAUGUUUAUACUAUUGAUCAAUUACCAUGGUUUGUGAAAAAUAAAGCAAACGAAGGACCUCUACAUUUGGCCAUACAGAACCAACGUGAAGAUUUUGCAUUAUACAUAUUGUCGUUAUAUCAGGAAGAUGAUAUUAACGGACUACUAGAUUAUUACGAUCCAAAGCACUCUACAUUAUUUCUUGCUAUAGAGAAUAAUUGCCCUCGAGUAACGAAAGAGAUGUUGUCAAGAUUGGAUAAGGAAACCCGGAGCAUAUAUCUCGAGGAUUCCUCUAAUGACCAGAAUAUAAUGCAUUUGGUUCCAACUUUGACAGAUGUAGAGUUUGGAACAUGGCUGGUAAAUGAAGCACCAGAAUUCAUCACCAAACAAGACAUCAACAACCAAUCAUCUUGGGAUAAAGCAUAUGAAAUUGGUCCUGCAUGGUUUAUUAACGCAGUUCUGAAAAAGGAUCCGUCUAUUUUCAGUAGUGCACCCUUGGUUUGGAUUAAAGCAUGUGAGAAAGGUCAUGUUUUAGCUCUUCGUGCCUUCAUCGACCAUGAUCCCGGAGCCUUUAGAGAUCUUUGCAUUGAACAUAAAGAUUCUCCCUUGCAUCAUAUACGACUUCGAAACUUAACGGAGUAUGAAAAGUUUCUCAAGGUUGAACACAUGAAGGAUCUAAUCAAUCUUCAAAAUUCCCAAGACGAAACACCUUUACACAAAGCAAUACGCAAAGGGGACAUAUUCUUGACAGAAACGUUGCUCAACAUGGAGAAGAUAAUCGAUAACAUCAACGACAAUCAAACUAUAACUGCCAUGGAUCUGCUUGCACAUGUUUACGAGGAUGGUAAUGCAUGGGGCCAUAUGUGCAAAAGAAACGGGCUUGAUCCAAGGAUAAAAACAACAUACUUUGAACACAAGACGAAUAUGCUAGACGUUCGAACUUCCCUUUUUGUUGUAGCAGCUUUACUAGCCACCAUUACAUUCACCGCUGGAUUCACUCUCCCAGGUGGAUUUAAUCAAGACAACGGGGAAGCAGUUUUAGCAACGAAGGCAUCUUUUAUAGUGUUUCUGAUAUCUGAUACAUUCGCUUUAUUUUUUUCGAUGUUGGUGCUAAUUUGUCUAACAUGGUCCAUGGUCUUCGAUCGUAGUCGGUCACUAAAAUUGAUUGAUCGAAGCAUGGUGCUACUGAGGUUAGCACUGAAUUGCACCUUAUUGGCGUUUAUGACAGGCGUCUAUAUAGUUAUAGCACCAAGGUCUUUAUGGGUAGCCAUCCUUAUUAUUGUCGUCAUAAGUUCCCUCAUUGUAAUUUCAAUCGAUAAGACUUUUUUGUAUGAAGUUAUGGAGAAGGUGUUUCCUACUGCAAAUGAGUGCCAAGAUCCAAUGCGACUUGCCGAACUGGGGUACAUCUCUAAGAAUGAGCAGGAUCCGUUAAUCAGUCGUGAGCAGAGUACUAACGAAAGCCGCAGAUCAUCUAGCCAGCCGCGAGAUAACUUGAAAAAGGAAGAAUGAAAACUGGGUUCUAUUAUUAUAUACCAAAUAGUACAUGAUAUGGACGCACAAAACUUCAAUUUUAUUUUUGUUUUUAUAGUGAAAAGUUAAAUUAGUUUUUUUUCAUCUUAUAUUUUGUAUUUCCCUCAAAAUAAAAUUUGGUGAUCGAUCUUGUUGGUUGUCAUGUA